AUGACAGUCGAAACCGUCCAGCCGAAUCGUGGCGCGACCGUGCCAGAUGUGGUCGCCGUUGGAAAAGAACAAGUAUCACGGGCAGAGUGGCUGGCGAAACAAGGAAUCAAUCCAGAUGAUCGCAUUAAUCUGAAGAAGCUGUCCCACAUGCGUUAUCAGCAUCCCGAUCUUGAUGAGAUUCAGACCUUCAUGAUUGCCUCUCGUCUUCCGUCUGCAGGUGCCUUGCAGAACAUGCCCAACGCACCCGGCGGAGGUUCGCUGGUCACCAUUACUGAUCCCGAGGGAUUUCCCUUCAAUGUGAUCUUUGGUCAGGAGCAGACGAAUGUCGAGGUCUCUCAUCAGGACAAGGUGGUACUCAACUAUCCGGGCGAGAAGUCUCGACGUCGCGAGUUCAAUCGGUUUGAGCCCGGUCCUGCUGCAGUGCACAAGCCGAUGUUCAUAAAAUCAUCAGCUUGGCCAUUUCGGAUACACAACCCAGAAAUUCGACGCCCUCCUCCACUUCUACACCACCACCUUCAACUCCUCCCCACCGACCUUCUCUACAUCGAAAACGAAGGCCAAAAGAGCUUCAGAACAAUGUUCGCCCACCUCGACCUCAGCGACACCCUCGUCGACCACCACUGCAUCUUCUUCAGCGCCAAUCCCGCCAGCGCACACGUGCAUCACUGUUCCUUUGAGGUGCACGAUUUCGACACCCAGCAGCUGGGUCAUCAGUGGUUGACAAAGAAGGGGUAUAAGCUGGCCUGGGGCGUUGGUCGGCAUGUCUUGGGCUCACAGAUCUUUGAUUACUGGUGGGAUACUACUGGCAAUAUUGUGGAGCAUUAUGCCGAUGGGGAUUUGGUGAAUCAGGAUACGCCUAUUGGGUAUGUCAAGGCACGCCCGGACUUGUUGGCUGUGUGGGGACCAGAGGUGCCGGCUGAGUUUUUGGCGUAG